AUGGGUUCGUCCCAAAAUGAUCAAACGAUGGAGGGUUGGCUUUAUCUCAUUCGCUCUAACAGGAUUGGCUUACAGUACUCACGCAAACGCUACUUUGUUCUUCAAGGCCAUCUUCUUCAGAGCUUCAAAUCUGUCCCUGUUUCUGGCAAUGAGGUUCCCGUAAGAAGUGCUGUCAUAGACGCAUGCAUUCGUGUGACUGACGAUGGACGUGAGAGCAUUAGUAGAAAAGUAUUCUUCAUAUUCACACUGUAUAAUACAUCAAAUCACAAUGAUCAACUUAAGCUGGGAGCAAGCAGUCCAGAAGAAGCCGCAAGAUGGAUUCAUUCCUUUCAGGAAUUGGCUUUAAAGGGUAGUCCUGAUCUUGGGAGUAACGUUUUGGAAUGUUCAAGUAGCAUGUGGAAGUCCUUUAGAUUAGGUGGAUCUAAUAGGGGAAGUCGUAUUACUUCUAUAGAUUGGACCCUUUGUUCUUCUACACAAACUGAUGCUGUGACAUCCGAUGUAAUUGCUCCUUCACCUUGGACAAUUUUUGGUUGUCAGAAUGGUCUUCGACUAUUUAAAGAAGCAAAAGAUAGGGAUUCUCAUGGGAAGUGGGAUGAUCAUCCUGCCAUCAUGGCAGUUGGUGUGGUUGGUGGAACUUCAGAAGCCAUAUUCCAGACACUUAUGUCCCUUGGUCCCUCAAGAUCAGAAUGGGACUUCUGUUUCUACAACGGCAGCGUGGUUGAACACCUUGACGGUCACACUGAUAUCAUCCACAAGCAGUUAUAUAGCGAUUGGUUGCCAUGGGGAAUGAAGCCAAGAGAUCUAUUGUUGCGGCGCUAUUGGAGGAGGGAGGAUGAUGGGACAUAUGUUAUUCUCUACCAUUCUGUUUUCCACAAGAAGUGUCCAUCUCAGAAAGGCUAUGUCCGCGCCUGCCUUAAAAGUGGAGGAUAUGUUAUAUCGCCUGUGAACCAAGGUAAACAUUCAGUUGUCAAGCACAUGCUUGCAAUUGAUUGGAAAUACUGGAAAUCUUAUCUACAGACUUCUUCAUCCCGAGCUAUGACCAUCAAAAUGCUUGGAAGAGUUGCUGCACUACGAGAGUUAUUCAAAACAAAAGUAGGAAACUAUUCUUCCUCGGAGUUUUCAUCUGGAGAGCUAAGGAUAAAUUUUGGUGUGCAUCAAAAUGAUGGGUAUGGAGAGGCUGAUGCUCUGACACUGACUGGGGAUGAGAGCACUAAUGAACAUGUAUCAGAAGAAGUGGAAAGAUCACCUUCAGAACAUGCUAGUCUUGUUAGCUUGAAUGAUGCUUCUGAUGAAUUUUUUGAUGUGCCUGAGCCUCCAAACCAUGAUGAAUCUGAAACUGACUGGACUCCUGAUUUUGGCUCUGACAUAUAUUCACAGGAUAUACGUCAUCCAAAGUUAUCAACUGCUGCUGGUUUUGUGAAGAGAUUGCAUGACCUUGCAGUUCAGAAGAGGGGUUAUGUGGACCUACUAGAGAUGGCCAAGGAAGACAGUAUGUCAUGCUACUAUGGGUCUACACUUCCAAAAGAUUCAACUUGCUUUUUGGCUUGCAGUUGGACUGAGACAGACCCUUCUACUUUUCUAAUUCGUAGCAAAAGUUACCUGGAAGACCGUAAGAAGGUUAAAGCAAAGGGCACGUUGAUGCAAAUGGUUGCUGCAGAUUGGCUAAGAUCCGACAAGCGUGAAGAUGAUCUUGGGCGUCGUCCUGGGAGCAUUGUACAGAAAUAUGCAGCAAAGGGUGGGAGUGAAUUCUUCUUCAUUGUGAACAUUCAGGUUCCAGGUUCGACCACAUAUAGCCUAGCGCUAUACUAUAUGAUGAGUUCUCCAAUUGAAGAUGCACCCUUGCUAGAGAAUUUUAUCAAGGGGGAUGAUGCAUAUAGAAAUUCAAGGUUUAAGCUCAUACCAUACAUAUCUCAGGGUUCAUGGAUUGUUAAGCAGAGUGUGGGAAAGAAAGCAUGCCUCAUUGGUCAAGCACUUGAAAUAAAUUACUUCCACGGGAAGAACUACUUGGAGCUUGGUAUUGACAUUGGAUCAUCAACAGUUGCAAGGGGUGUGGUUAGUCUUGUCCUUGGGUACCUAAACAAUCUUGUGAUUGAGAUGGCAUUUUUGAUACAGGCAAAUACGCCCGAGGAGCUUCCGGAGUAUCUUCUUGGGACCUGCCGCCUUAACCAUCUUGAUGCCUCUAAGGCCAUUUUAGUGAAACCAUGAUCGUAUCCAAAUUAUACUCAACAAAAUGUGGCUUACAGGGUAUUUGGGUUUAUAGUUGAAUGGAACAUAAAACAUAAAUGAUGGAAUAGCAGGGCUGGUUGCUGGAAGUAGUCAUUCUUUUAUUCAUUCAAUUUGAUAUUGGGUACGAAGGCGUAGAAUUCUAGAUAUUGUUAGGGUAGAUAGUUCACCUUUGUAAAGAUGGCAUUCCUCAAUAGUUAUCAUUCUUCGAUUCCGAUCUGUG